UUUAAUCCGGAACUACUUGUUUCUUCUCUACUCAUGUCGGCCUGCAUGAGUCCGUUUGGCCGCUACACCGUUAAUAAAUUUCUUUGAUUUUUCCAAAUUCUUCAGGUUGUAGAAAUAAUAACUUUAAUAUAUUAGUGGCUAGUGAAAUCCAGCAAGAUGUCGCAAGUAUUGCCCAUUCGCUUUCAGGAGCACUUGCAGCUCCAGAAUCUGGGCAUCAAUGCUGCCAACAUCGGAUUCAGCACACUGACCAUGGAGUCGGACAAGUACAUCUGUGUGAGAGAGAAGGUUGGGGAGCAGGCUCAGGUAGUCAUCAUCGACCUCAACGACUCUGCUAACCCCAUCAGAAGACCCAUCUCUGCAGACUCGGCCAUCAUGAACCCUGCCAGCAAAGUCAUUGCCCUCAAAGCUGGUCGCACCCUCCAGAUCUUCAAUAUUGAGAUGAAGAGCAAGAUGAAGGCCCAUACCAUGACUGAGGACGUCACCUUCUGGAAGUGGAUCAAUGUGAACACUAUCGGCUUGGUGACCGACACCACUGUCUACCACUGGGGUAUGGAGGGCGACUCCCAGCCUAUCAAGGCCUUUGACCGCCAUUCCAGUCUGGUCGCCUGUCAGAUCAUCAACUACAGGACAGAUGCCAAGAUGCAGUGGCUGAUUCUCAUCGGUAUCUCGGCACAGAUCGGAAAAGAUCAGGAAUCCGCUCCGCAGCAAAACCGUGUUGUAGGGGCGAUGCAGUUGUAUUCCGUUGAACGCAAGGUCAGCCAGCCGAUCGAGGGCCACGCUGCUUGUUUCACUUCUUUCAAGAUGGAGAAUAACCCUGAGCCAUCUACUCUCUUCUGCUUUGGUGUACGUGGUGCUGCAGGAGGCAAGCUGCACAUCAUUGAAGUUGGUUCUCCAGCUUCAGGCAAUCAGCCAUUCACCAAGAAGGCGGUUGAGCUCUUCUUCCCACCAGAAGCACAGAGUGAUUUCCCCGUAGCCAUGCAAGUGAGUCCCAAACACAACGUCAUCUUCCUCAUCACCAAGUACGGCUACGUCCACUUGUACGAUGUGGAGACAGCAACCUGUAUCUACAUGAACCGUAUCAGCGGUGAGACCAUCUUCGUGACUGCUGCUCACGAAGCUACUGAUGGUAUCAUUGGUGUCAACAGGAAAGGACAGGUUUUGACAGUUAGUGUUGAUGAGGAGCACAUCGUUCCUUACAUCACCAACAACCUUCAGAAUCCAGACCUUGCCCUACGUCUUGCUGUCCGUAACAACCUCUCUGGUGCUGAAGACCUCUUUGUCCGCAAGUUCAACAACCUGUUCCAGCAGGGUAACUACUCCGAGGCUGCUAAGGUGGCUGCUAAUGCACCAAAGGGUAUCUUGAGGACUCCUCAGACCAUCCAGAGGUUCCAGCAGGUUCCCACCCAGCAAGGCCAGACUUCACCCCUCCUACAAUACUUUGGAAUCCUGCUUGAUCAGGGUCAACUCAACAAGUACGAGUCUCUGGAGCUGUGCCGCCCAGUCCUGCAGCAGGGACGCAAGCAGCUCCUGGAGAAGUGGCUUAAGGAAGAUAAGCUUGAAUGCAGCGAGGAACUUGGAGACUUGGUGAAAGCACAUGACCCUACCUUGGCCCUCUCUGUCUAUCUCCGUGCCAGUGUACCAAACAAGGUUAUCCAAUGCUUUGCGGAGACUGGCCAGUUCCAGAAGAUUGUACUGUAUGCGAAGAAGGUGAACUUCACCCCAGAUUAUGUGUUCCUUCUGCGUAACGUGAUGCGGGUCAACCCUGACCAGGGAGCUGGUUUUGCUCAGAUGCUGGUCCAGGAUGAGGAACCGCUUGCUGAUAUCAAUAUGAUUGUGGAUGUAUUCAUGGAACAGAACCUGGUGCCGCCCUGCACUUCCUUCCUCCUGGAUGCCCUGAAGAACAACCGCCCUGCUGAAGGUCACCUUCAGACCCGUCUCCUGGAGAUGAACCUCCUCGCUGCUCCUCAGGUCGCCGAUGCCAUCCUUGGUAACCAGAUGUUCACCCACUAUGACCGUGCCCACAUCGCCCAACUCUGUGAGAAGGCUGGACUUCUACAGAGGGCCCUUGAGCACUACACAGACCUGUAUGAUAUCAAGAGGGCCGUCGUUCACACCCAUCUACUCAACGCUGAAUGGCUGGUCAACUACUUUGGCUCACUGUCCGUCGAGGACUCCCUGGAAUGCAUCAAAGCCAUGAUGACUGCCAACCUCCGUCAGAACCUUCAGAUCUGUGUCCAGGUAGCCACCAAGUACCACGAACAGCUGACCACCACUGCGCUGAUCGAUAUCUUUGAGACGUUCAAGAGCUACGAGGGUCUCUUCUACUUCUUGGGCUCUAUCGUCAACUUCAGCCAAGACUCUGAUGUCCACUUCAAAUACAUCCAGUCUGCUUGCAAGACUGGUCAGAUCAAGGAAGUGGAGCGAAUCUGCCGAGAGAGCAACUGCUACGAUCCCGAGCGUGUCAAGAACUUCCUCAAGGAAGCCAAGCUCACCGAUCAGCUCCCUCUCAUCAUUGUCUGUGAUCGUUUUGACUUUGUCCAUGACCUUGUCCUCUACCUAUACCGCAACAACCUGCAGAAGUACAUUGAGAUCUAUGUGCAGAAGGUGAACCCAUCCCGUCUGCCUGUCGUCAUCGGUGGCCUGCUCGAUGUUGACUGCUCGGAGGACAUCAUCAAGAGCUUGAUCAUGGUGGUCAGGGGACAGUUCUCCACCGAUGAACUGGUGGAAGAGGUGGAGAAGCGUAACCGCCUCAAGCUGCUCCUGCCCUGGCUGGAGACCCGUAUCCAUGAGGGAAGCACUGAGCCAGCUACGCACAAUGCCCUGGCUAAGAUCUACAUCGAUAGCAACAACAACCCUGAACGAUUCCUCAGAGAAAACCAGUUUUACGAUAGCCGUGUCGUCGGCAAGUACUGCGAGAAGCGCGACCCUCACCUGGCCUGCGUGGCGUACGAACGAGGGCAGUGCGACCGAGAGCUCAUCAACGUGUGCAACGAGAACUCCCUGUUCAAGAGCGAGGCCCGCUACUUGGUGAGACGACGGGAUCAGGAACUUUGGGCUGAGGUACUCCAGGAAGAUAACCCAUUCAGGAGACAACUCAUCGACCAGAUUGUACAAACUGCCCUAUCUGAGACCCAAGAUCCAGAAGAUAUCUCAGUGACAGUGAAAGCUUUCAUGACUGCUGAUCUGCCCAAUGAACUGAUUGAACUGCUAGAAAAGAUUGUGCUGGAGAACUCUGUCUUCAGUGAUCACAGGAAUCUUCAGAACCUGUUGAUCCUGACGGCGAUCAAGGCAGACCGUACCCGUGUGAUGGAAUACAUCAACCGCCUGGACAACUACGAUGCUCCAGAUAUUGCAAACAUUGCUAUUGAUAGCGAACUCUUUGAGGAAGCGUUCGCCAUCUUUAGGAAGUUUGACGUCAACACAUCUGCCAUCCAAGUCCUUAUCGAGCACAUAAAGAAUCUGGACCGGGCCUACGAGUUCGCGGAGAGGUGCAACGAGCCCGACGUGUGGAGUCAGUUGGCUGCUGCCCAGAUCAAGGCUGGCAUGGUCAAGGAGGCAAUUGAUUCCUACAUCAAGGCUAAUGACCCCUCCACCUACCUGGAGGUUGUACAAGCUGCUUCAGACUCAGGGAACUGGGAAGACUUGGUGCGCUACUUGCAGAUGGCACGCAAGAAGGCCCGCGAUGCCUAUGUUGAGACCGAACUCAUCUUUGCUUUCGCCAAGACGAACCGUCUUGCUGACCUGGAAGAGUUCAUCUCAGGACCAAACCAUGCACAGAUCCAGCAGGUUGGUGACAGGUGUUAUAAUGAAGGCAUGUAUGAAGCAGCCAAGCUACUCUUCAACAAUGUCUCCAACUUUGCUCGUCUGGCAUCCACCCUUGUCCAUCUCGGUGAAUACCAGGCCGCUGUCGACAGCGCUCGCAAGGCCAACAGCACACGAACAUGGAAAGAGGUUUGCUUCUCCUGCGUGGACGGCGAGGAGUUCCGUCUGGCCCAGAUGUGCGGUCUCCACAUCGUGGUCCACGCCGACGAACUCGAGGAGCUCAUCAACUACUACCAGGACCGGGGCUACUUUGAGGAGCUGAUCCAACUCCUCGAGGCGGCGCUGGGCUUGGAGCGGGCACACAUGGGCAUGUUCACCGAGUUGGCCAUCCUCUACUCUAAGUACAAACCAUCCAAGAUGAGGGAGCAUCUAGAGCUCUUCUGGUCACGUGUCAACAUUCCAAAGGUCCUUCGUGCAGCAGAGCAAGCUCAUUUGUGGGCGGAGCUGGUGUUCCUCUACGACAAGUACGAGGAAUAUGAUAACGCCAUAGUCACCAUGAUGACCCACCCUACUGAUGCAUGGAGAGAAACCCACUUCAAAGAUGUCAUCACUAAGGUUGCCAACAUUGAGCUGUACUACAAGGCCAUCCAAUUCUACCUGGACUACAAGCCCAUGCUCCUCAACGACCUCUUGGUGGUCCUCAUUCCUCGCAUGGACCACACCCGAGCCGUAGGACUCUUUGACAAGCUCAAGCAACUGCCACUGGUCAAACCUUACCUCAGACAAGUACAGAGCCACAAUAACAAGGCGAUUAACGAUGCCCUCAAUGACCUCCUGAUCGACGAGGAAGACUACCAGGGCCUGAAGGCGUCUAUCGAUGCCUUCGAUAACUUUGACAAUAUCGCCCUCGCCCAGAACCUAGAGAAACAUGAACUUAUUGAAUUCCGUCGUAUCGCUGCUUACCUCUACAAGCGCAACAACCGCUGGAAGCAAGCCGUUGAACUCUGCAAGAAGGAUAGGUUAUUUAAGGAUGCAAUGCAAUACGCAUGCGAGUCGAGGAACAUCGACAUCGCCGAGGAACUCGUCAACUGGUUCCUUGAGCAGAACAACCACGAGUGCUUCAGCGCAUCACUCUUCAACUGCUACGAUCUCCUGCGUCCGGAUGUUAUCCUGGAGCUUGCGUGGAGGCACGACAUCAUGAACUUUGCCAUGCCUUACAUGGUUCAGGUCAUGAGGGAAUACUUGGGAAAGGUUGACCGACUUGCCGAGUCAGAGAAAGAGAGGAAAGAAGAGGAGCAAUCGAAUGAAAACCAACCCCUUGUAUACAAUGAGCCUCAGCUCAUGAUCACCGCUGGUCCCGCCAUGGCACCAGGUAUGCCAGCAGGGAUGCCGCCUCAACCAGGUAUGAUGCCAGGCAUGGUGCCUGGCAUGGCACCGGGUAUGGGUAUGCCCGGUGCACAACCAGGCUACUAUGGUAUGUAACACAUGUAAUCAACUUGCACCGGGGGUAUCAUAUAACCAAACCACCGGUUCACCAACCAGCGCCUCUGGCACCCAAUCAUAGUCACGGGCGGUACCUGAAGUUCUUUUUAUUGCAGUACCGAAUGCUUCGCUCAGCCAGCAAGUUCUUCUAUCUUUGAAAUGAAAGGGAGAUGGGAUAGGCGAUUCUGGAUGACGAUGGUUUUAUGGAUGACAUACAGUGAACUAUAUUUGCAUAUUUUAUAUGUAUGCUCUAUACAAAGAUACAAUGAUGUACAAAUCGAUGUAGAAUGAUAUGCUAUGUUCUGACAUAGCGUCCUCCAUACUUACUGCUGGAAAUAACUGGUCACAUCAGAACAGGAAUACAUGAAUUUGUGAUUAUACAUAUAUAUAUAUAAAUAAAAUUAUGUGCAAGUCAUUUCAUAAUAGUUAAUAUAAAUAAAUGGAAAGGAGGUAAUGUGUAUGAAUUGGAUAAAAGGAAAUAUUGGAUGAGGAAGACCGGAGACCAAGCUCUUGGGUCAUGUGGUCCCAAAUUACCAUACUUUAUCAGAGUAGGUUUAGAUUGUUCAAGAUUUAGUUUUUAUAUACGUUCAUGAAUAUGAUUUCACUUUCUUUUUGUUAUUGUGGAUUGAAAACCAAACCAUAUUGCUUUCCAGUUGUGAUAUUUAGUACACUUAGUUAUAUAUUGUAUUUUUAUGUAAUUGAUAUUAUAUUAUGUGGUCCAUAAUAGGAGGUGGAUUAUUAUAUGACGUUUGGCAGGCCAGAAAGAGACUAGAUUGUAUUUUGCGAUAUUCUUGAAUACAUUGCCGAGCCAGAUUUGGGAACUAAUUUUUUUUUUUGUCAAAUUUAUUUUAAGAGGAGACUCUUUGUGUAUGAUUAUUUGUGAAGAAGAAUAUCAGAAUCGGGAAAUAUCUUUAGUGCUGAGAGCUAAAGGAGUGUUGAGUUAACUUGACUGCUCCGAGAAAUUCCAGGGAUUCCUCUAUAAGUAGAUUUUGUGUGUCAAUUUUAGGGUAUUUCCCCAUUCUUUUUUUUACAGGGGAAUUCCCAUAGAGAAGAGAGAACGAAAGCUUUAUGGAAGAAUUUAGAAUGUACUGUUAUUUGUGUUUCUAAUUGUCAGUUCAUUGUUGUGCUUUGUAAAUGUCUGCAUAUGCUAGCCCAGCUUUUAUGAGAAAUGAUCUUGUAACUUGUCCAGAAAAGAAUUUAAUUAAGAAUGUGUUUAGAUAUUAUUGAAGCCCAGCUUUUAUUUUCACUCAGAGAUAUAUUAUGAAUUCAAAAUUUACUGCUCUAAUCAGAUUUUGAUGGCAUUCUUGAGAAUUAGAGAAAUAAUUGUAUUUACAAUCUGUAAUUAAAUUCAUCAAAACUGUUAGGAAUUGAAAUAUCAAAUUGAGUUGAAUAAAAAAAAUGAGCACAAACUGAUGAUGUGAUAUUGAGGAUGCGAUUAUAGGAGUAACUAAUUCUCAAUAAUUUGAGGGGAAAAUAGUUAAUUCAAGACAAGAUCUUGUUCAAGUUUUUUUUCCCAUUUUAAACAGAAAUAUACAUCUAUAAAAUAAGGAUAAACAGAAUGUAAAUUAUCCCCACUGGAAGUUAUUUAAAUGAAUGGACCAUAUUACUAUAUAUCAUGUAGUCAUUUAUUGUCAAUAUCAACAAUUAUCAUUAUUAUAACAAUACUGAUCAUACACAUAUUAUUAUAUUUUUGUUUUGUGAAGCUAUGAUAUAUUAUUUUGUGGACCCUCGUGGAGAAAAUAGUCUCGUCUACUGAAUUCAUUCCUGACCGUGGAGAAAGUAGUGUUUUAAGGACGUGAAGUAGUUUUGAAUGGUAUAUAUUUGAUAGAUGGUGUAUGGAACCGACGUGGACCAAUUGGUAAUGACAAUUGAAUCGCCCUUGAAUGUGCUAAUGAAUCAUUUAAAGAGAGUUUAUCUGUUAUAUUGCUGCAUUCUGGCUGUAGCGAUAGUUCUAAUAUAGUUCAGGACUUAAGACAAAGAUGAAGAGCUCUAGAGUAUUUUGUUUAAAGUAUGUCACAAGCUUUUUCAUGUUUGGAUCUCUGCUAUAUUUUUGUUUUGUUUAGAUAAAAAAAGAUUUUUUUUCUAUAUUUUGUUGCAGAACCAUCAAAUCAUAUACAUUUCAUGAAUUAAACCCCUCAAUUAGUAUCAUCAAAUCUUGGAGAGGAAAUCAAACUUUUUGUCAGUUUUGAAAACCAUGAAUUUGAGUCACGUGACUGAAGCAAAUAGAUGAAUAGGUAUAUAACAAUUUUUAAUGAUCUGCAAGAACUGCCCCUUGAAUGAUUUAAAGUAGGAAAAGCACUUACACAUCAGGAUUUUGUCUGUUAAAAUGAAUGUUGGUAUGAAUUGUUAUUCCAAAGGAGAUUUUUUUUCUCUCUUAUUCAUUCAUUUUCACAUGUGCAAACCUCUUUUGUUACUUGCUGGCCCCAGAUUGACAAUGUUGUUUUCAUGUUUCUCUUGAUUAUGUGAGGGAAAGAUUCCGUACAAAUAAAUGUGAUAAACCCAGUAAUUCUAA